GGCAACAGCUUGGUACGAAUAGGCCGCAGCAGAAGGCUUGGUGGGAAGUGUCAAAUCCGAGAAUGAAAAUUUGAUACAGGCGAGAAGAUUGAUGUUCACACCGGUACAACCAUUCGCAUAAAAACAAGAUAUGAUUUGCCUUGAUUUACCCCUCUAACAAACGUAACGGGGCUAAGGAUUAUGAAUACGAUGGAGUUGAUUAAAAUUCCAAAGGUGGAAAAUGUGCGGAUGCUCGAUAAGUACAGCAACAAUCAUUCCUUGGGAACGCUUUACCCAACUGCUACACAUUUGAUAUUUGUGGACCCAAAUGGGAAAAAACAAAUAUGGGUUUUAUAUAUGCAUAUAACCAGUGUAGAUAAGCAGCCGUUGUCAACCACAGGAUCACCUCUUCAAAUAAAGUGUAAAAACUUUUUAACUGUUACUUUUGUAAUACCGAAGGAACGCGAGUGCCAUGAUAUAUAUCUCACACUGUUAAAAUUGUCAUCGCCAGCAAGAUUAGAAGAUCUGUAUUGCUUCAGUUACCAAGCAAGUAAGGAUGAAUUGCCACAACAUGCCGGCUGGAAUUUUUUUGAUAUUCAGAGUGAAUUUCAAAGAUUAGGUGUUCCAAACGACGAGUGGUCUCUAUCCUAUCUCAAUACCAACUACGAGCUGUGCGAUACGUAUCCAAAGUAUCUUUACGUACCUAGUAUAUCGACAAAUAAUGUAUUGUCUGGCAGUGCCAAGUUCAGAAGUAAAGGCCGCUUACCAGUUUUAACAUAUCUUCAUUCUAACAAGGCUGCGAUAUGUAGAUGCAGUCAGCCAUUAUCUGGUUUCAAUGCACGAUGCCCUGAAGAUGAGCAAAUGUUAUACAACAUUCUUUGUACUAAUCCUAAUUCCAAAUACAUGUAUGUGGUUGACACACGACCACGGAUUAACGCAAUGGCAAAUAGAGCCGCAGGCAAAGGCUAUGAAAACGAAAGCUUUUACGAAAAUAUCAAAUUUCAUUUUUUUGGCAUUGAAAAUAUUCAUGUAAUGCGAGCAAGCUUGAAUAAGCUAACAGAGUUGCAUAAAAUGACAACAGUGAGCAGCUUUCUGAAUGGAUUAGAAAGUAGUGGCUGGUUAAAGCACAUACGUUCCGUGCUGGAGACAGGCUGGUUCAUAGCACGUGCCAUUUCAAAUGGAGUUAGUGUCGUAGUUCACUGCAGUGAUGGCUGGGAUCGGACAGCGCAAGUUUGUUCUGUUGCAGCAUUGAUGCUGGAUCCAUUUUACAGAACAAUUCAAGGAUUUCAGGCAUUAAUAGAGAAAGACUGGCUAUCAUUUGGUCACAAGUUCAGCAAUCGAUGUGGUCAUAUAAGCAGUGAUGGUAAAGAAAUAGCACCAAUAUUCACUCAGUUUAUUGACGCAACAUACCAACUUUUGAACCAGCAUCCAUAUGCCUUCCAAUUUAACGAAUAUUUCCUCUUGACUCUUCAUGAUCACAUUCAUAGUUGUCAAUAUGGAACAUUUGUUGGUAACUGUGAAAAGGAUAGACAGACACUAAGACUCAGUGACAGAACUUAUUCCUUGUGGGGACACAUGGCAAAUCAUAUGAACGAAUAUAUUAAUCCGUUGUACUGUUGUAAUGGUUAUAAAGAAGAGAGCAACAAUGUUCUAUGGCCUAAGUUGUCGCCACAAAAUAUCCUGUUCUGGAAGGGUUUAUACUGUAGAUUCGAAAACGGCAUACACUGUAGAGAGACAUAUGAAGAUUUACUUCUAACUAUUCAUGACCACACCAUUGCUUUGGAGGACCAUGUAAAACUUUUGUAUAAGAGAGUCAAUUCAAUGGGCAAGUUAUUAACACCAAAUGAUGCUCCAAAAAAGGGACUACAAACACACUACGAACAUCUGGACAAUAAAUUCAGCAAAGAAUCUCUAUCGGAGAAGAUAAUAAGAAAUUCUGCUAACGUUCAAGAAAUAAGUAACAGAACAAAUAUAAGCACAAACCAAUUAGAGAAAGAAUUGAAAUCCGUUGCUCUGGAUUGGAAAUCUUCUCGUAACAUUGAAGAAUGUGUUUGCUCUACUACGUUUGACACUUUCAACAAGAAGUACCAUUGCUGGUCUUGCGGCAACAUAUUCUGCACAAGGUGCAUGGGAAGACACGGGACACUAGCUGGUCAAUUAUCACAGCGUGCAGUACCAGUUUGCAAAUCCUGUUCCCAGAAUCCAUCAAGUUCGUCACCAACUAAUUCUUAGUGUCACCAUUCAUCACCGGAACUGACUGCUCACAUUAGUGAAAAUUUACAUAUAAUCUAUGGAUUUCCAUUUUGUAUCUUAUUUGUACAGGGAAAUAUGAUUUGUUAUAAUGUGACUAUAAUUAUAUGAAUUCAAUAACUGAUAAGUAUGUGAUGUAUCUACUUGAAAUAAACUUGUCACAGCACGACAUACAAGUAUCCUGAUUAAAUGGAUAAACCAAA